AUGUCAACACAUAUGUCCUCUCGUUUUGUGAACGGCGACCAAAAUGCACAGCAGAACGAUAUCAGAAUGUUGAGAGUCGUGGCAUGGCAAAUCUUGGUGAUGCAGGAACGAAUCCCGAAUUGCUACACACUACUGAUGCGGCAUGUGAGCUCGCCUUACGAAAACGGGGCGAAAAACCAACUGCAAAGGCAAGAAAUCCAUGAGUGGGCUGCCCCCUCGACCAGUAAACUGAACCCAAAAUCCCCGAGACACCAGACGUUCCUGAGGAUCUGGUGCCUGAGUGGAUUUACCCGGUUCGUGGUGACCAGGAUGAGAUGCCCUGCUGGUGGAUGCUGAACUCCCUCCGAACCACUCGGUAUGUUUCUUGGGGGAAAUCUCUGCAAAAUCCGUGCUGGUUGGAUCCAUGUAUGGAGAACUGUGUAGACCAGGCAUCCAAGGAGAGAAAGGACAAGAGAAGGGCGUGA